UGUCUGAUAACAGGGGUAGAGUCGGGAGGUAUUGAUUUGGGAGGACAUUAGUCUGAUGGAGGCCUGGAUGAAAGCAUACGGUACAGCAUAUAUGGAUGUGUGGGACAGGUAAACAAGCCCUUGGGGUGCAACUUUGUUCCAGCAUCAUCGCAUCGUUCUUCCUCUCCCUAAAUAUGAGUCAACCUCUCAUUGUCAACAUCUCGAAGGAAUGGUCCGCCAUAAUGAACAGCAGGCACAUGGAUCUAUUCCUCAUCCCCACUGUUCUGCUAACUUCAGUCACUUUGCUGGUCAACCCCAUGUUGUUCCUCUGCAUCCUGUGUUUCCCUUCGCUGCGUCAGGAGACCCGCUACCUGCUCCUCGCAAACAUGCUCAUAGCCGACGUGCUCUUCCUCACCAUCAACCUCACAGUCGUCUCCUGCAACACGGUGGGCAAGGACAUGCCCCACAUUCUGUGCGAGUUCAUGCUGUUAAGCACCGUGACGACGUACAGCUGUUCCGUGCUCACAGUCACGCUGAUGGUCGUCGACACGUAUGUGGCGGUGCGCUGGCCGCUGCGUUACAACGAGAUUCUACCCCCAUGCAGAGCCAGAAAGAUAAUCGGGGCCUUGUGGGUGCUGUCGGCAGUGUGCCCCGUCUCUUUGCUAGUGAUGUUUGAGGUGUUUAACAGCGAACAACAACAGUCACGUCCAGUGUGUUUGGUGUUGAUUGCUCUGCACUCUUCGGUGCAGAGUCGGAAGGUGACAGGCAGCAUUUAUCUGUACUUCAUCAUUGCCGUCAGCCUGUGCACAGCGCUCAUUGUAUACUGUUACAUCCGUCUCUACGUCAUCACUAAGACUUCUGGGAUAUGGCGGAGUCCCUACUCCAGGGCACGUAUGACGCUGUUGGCUCACGCUCUGUUGCUCAUGAUGUAUUUCACUCCGGCGCUGGUCUUUGCGGUUGAGCUGGCUCUUUUACAGGGACAUAAUACCGUGAGCGAGGCCGCAGUGUGGAUUAACCUGGUGAACAUGAGCGUGCUGAUGUUGCUGCCCCGCUUCUGCACGCCUUACCUGUACAUCCUACGGUAUCGGGAGAUUUACGAGACUCUUCAGCAGGUGUUGUGGAAGAAGAGACAUCUCAGUCAAAUCACCGUGGCCUAGACGCCAAGCGGGACUUG